GAGAUGCCGCUGCCGCAGAAGAAGCGCUGGGUGUCCAUGGCCAAGGGGCUGGUGCUGGGAGCACUCUUCACUAGCUUCCUGCUGCUGCUGUACUCCUAUGCUGUCCCCCCGCUGCACGCUGGCCUGGCCUCCACGACCCCAGAGGGCACAGCACCCUGCUCCCCGGCCCCGGGUGAGCCAGAGGUGCCCACCCUCGCCAACGGCUCUGCAGGAGGGUGCCAGCCUCGGCGCCACAUCGUGUUCAUGAAGACGCACAAGACGGCCAGCAGCACGCUGCUCAACAUCCUGUUCCGCUUUGGCCAGAAGCACGGACUCAAGUUCGCCUUCCCCAACGGCCGCAACGACUUCGACUACCCGGCUUUCUUCGCCCGCAGCCUGGUGCAGGACUACCGGCCCGGGGCCUGCUUCAACAUCAUCUGCAACCACAUGCGCUUCCACUACGACGAGGUCCGGGGCCUGGUGCCCCCCAACGCCACCUUCAUCACUGUGCUCCGUGACCCAGCCCGCCUCUUCGAGUCCUCCUUCCACUACUUCGGCUCAGUGGUGCCCUUCACGUGGAAGCUCUCGGGCCACGACAAGCUGGCCGAGUUCCUGCAGGACCCAGACCGCUACUAUGACCCCAACGGCUACAACGCCCACUACCUCCGCAACCUGCUCUUCUUCGACCUGGGCUACGACAGUGGCCUGGACCCGGGCAACCCGCAGGUGCAGGAGCACAUCCUGGAGGUGGAGCGCCGCUUCCACCUGGUGCUCCUGCAGGAGUACUUCGACGAGUCCCUGGUGCUGCUCAAGGACCUGCUGUGCUGGGAGCUGGAGGACGUGCUCUACUUCAAGCUCAAUGCCCGCCGCGCCUCAGCCGUGCCGCGCCUCUCCGGGGAGCUGUACCAGCGCGCCACGGCCUGGAAUGUGCUGGACGCCCGCCUCUACCGCCACUUCAAUGCCAGCUUCUGGCGCAAGGUGGAGGCGUUCGGGAGGGAGCGCAUGGCCCGCGAGGUGGCCGCCCUGCGGCGCGCCAACGAGCGCAUGCGGCACAUCUGUAUCGACGGGGGCCGAGCCGUGGAUGCCGCCGCCAUCCAGGACUCGGCCAUGCAACCCUGGCAGCCGCUGGGCGCCAAGUCCAUCCUGGGCUACAACCUCAAGAAGAGCAUCGGGCAGCGGCACGCGGAGCUUUGCCGUCGCAUGCUCACGCCUGAGAUCCAGUACCUGAUGGACCUCGGUGUCAACCUGUGGGUCACUAAGCUCUGGAAGCUCAUCCGGGACUUUCUCAAGUGGUGA